UUUCCUAAUUUUUUCUGAACUGGUACAACUUUGCCAUGUAGAAAUGGUGUUACUCCAGAGGCAGGGCUUGAGGAUUGCACCGUUUCUGGACUCUUUUUAUCUACAGUCUAAAUGUACACACAAAUAACCUGCCCGUGCUAACGGCAGCAUGUCUCUUGUCCAUUGUUCGUCUGGCCUACGUCAGGCUAAGUAACUUGUGUAGAAUUUUUUUUUUUUCCUUCUUAGCCAUUAAGUGACAUCCAUAAAUGCAGGGACCUUACCUGGGACAAUGAGAUCUCAAAACCAGUUGCAGUGGAAUUGUUACAGCACAGUGUGCAUUCCAGAUGCAAUUGUAGGUUGUCGUAGACCGCAUCAAUGGAGCACAUUCAGGGAGCUUGGAAGACUAUCAGUAAUGGUUUUGGGACUCAAGGAUUCUGUCUUUGAUGGCCCAAACUGUAUUUCACCUACUAUCGUUCAGCAGUUUGGUUAUCAACGCCGAGCAUCUGAUGAUGGCAAAAUAUCAGAUACUUCCAAAACUAGUAAUACUAUUCGUGUUUUCUUGCCCAACAAGCAACGCACGGUGGUAAAUGUGCGAAAUGGGAUGACCUUACAUGACUGUCUUAUGAAGGCACUUAAAGUAAGAGGUCUGCAGCCAGAAUGCUGUGCAGUUUUUCGACUUCUUGCUGAACCAAAAGGAAAAAAAGUGCGUUUGGAUUGGAAUACAGAUGCUGCCUCCUUGAUUGGAGAGGAACUGCAAGUGGACUUCCUUGAUCAUGUUCCACUCACUACACACAAUUUUGCUCGGAAGACAUUUCUAAAGCUUGCUUUCUGUGACAUCUGCCAGAAGUUCCUGCUAAAUGGGUUUCGGUGUCAGACAUGUGGUUAUAAAUUCCACGAACACUGCAGCACUAAAGUUCCAACCAUGUGUGUUGACUGGAGCAAUAUCAGGCAACUCUUAUUGUUCCCAAAUUCAAAUAUCAGUGACAGUGGUGUCCCUGCACUACCUCCCUUGACAAUGAGACGGAUGCGGGAGUCUGUCUCCCGGAUACCUGUUAGUUCCCAGCACAGGUAUUCUACACCUCAUGCCUUCACAUUCAACACAUCAAAUCCUUCCUCUGAGGGCUCUCUUUCCCAAAGACAGCGAUCUACAUCCACACCAAAUGUCCAUAUGGUUAGCACUACAAUGCCUGUAGACAGCCGGAUAAUUGAGAAUAACAGCCUGAAUGCUUCUCCCAGUUCCUGGUGCAGACGAUUUUGUUUGAGGGGAAGAGAUGCAAUUCGAAGCCAUAGUGAAUCAGCCUCACCCUCUGCUCUGUCUGGAAGUCCUAACAAUAUGAGUCCAACUGGCUGGUCUCAGCCCAAAACCCCAGUCCCAGCCCAAAGAGAGCGAGCCCCUGGAUCCAAUACACAAGAAAAAAACAAAAUUAGGCCUCGUGGACAGAGAGAUUCCAGUUAUUACUGGGAAAUAGAAGCAAGUGAAGUCAUGCUUUCUACCAGAAUAGGGUCAGGUUCUUUUGGAACAGUUUACAAAGGCAAAUGGCACGGGGAUGUAGCAGUGAAGAUACUAAAGGUUGUAGAUCCAACCCCAGAACAGUUCCAGGCUUUCAGAAAUGAAGUGGCUGUAUUAAGGAAGACUCGGCAUGUUAAUAUUUUGCUCUUUAUGGGCUACAUGACUAAAGAUAAUCUGGCCAUUGUUACACAGUGGUGUGAAGGAAGCAGUCUGUAUAAACACCUGCAUGUUCAAGAGACCAAGUUCCAAAUGUUCCAGCUCAUUGAUAUUGCUCGGCAGACAGCACAGGGAAUGGACUAUUUACAUGCAAAGAAUAUCAUCCACAGAGACAUGAAAUCCAAUAAUAUAUUUCUUCAUGAAGGCCUCACAGUGAAAAUAGGAGACUUUGGUCUGGCAACUGUAAAAUCCAGGUGGAGUGGAUCUCAACAAGUGGAACAGCCCACUGGCUCAAUCUUGUGGAUGGCACCAGAAGUGAUACGGAUGCAGGAUAGUAACCCGUUUAGUUUUCAGUCAGAUGUCUACUCCUAUGGAAUAGUAUUAUAUGAACUAAUGACAGGAGAGUUGCCAUACUCCCACAUAAACAACCGAGAUCAGAUUAUUUUCAUGGUUGGCCGAGGGUAUGCUUCUCCAGACCUCAGUAAAUUGUACAAGAACUGCCCCAAAGCAAUGAAGAGGCUUGUAGCAGAUUGUUUGAAGAAAGUUAGAGAAGAACGACCUCUGUUUCCACAAAUACUGUCGUCCAUUGAAUUGUUGCAACAUUCUUUACCCAAAAUCAACCGGAGUGCUUCUGAACCAUCUCUGCAUCGUGCCGCCCACACAGAGGACAUAAAUUCAUGCACAUUAACAUCCACAAGACUACCCGUGUUUUAGGAUCGUGCUCCCCUCCCUUGUUCUCUCCAGUGAUGGGAAAGGAACAGAAGUAACAGAAGUUGUGCUUUUAAUGCCUCAGUGUACAGGAUCAGUGCCAGCAGGAUUAUCCGCGUCCCAGUUUUAAGAACAAGCUGCUAAGGAUUUCUGCAGUUCUUAUCCUGCAGGGACACAGCUCCACAUUGCCUUUUUCUACAGUUUCUUUUACUGGGACAGUUAACAGACUAUAAAUCAAGAGAUCUAUUACUAUUUUUUUAAUAGAUGCACUUGAGCCUUAUUUUUCCCAUACACAGAAGCGAUGGAUGUUUCUUUGGCAGUGUUUCUGGAUUGAUUUGAAUCUGUUGAUAAAUUGGUAUUUUUUACAGCAAGGAUGGCUUGCCUCAGCGUUUGAGGAAAGAUGACGCAUUAUGGUGCUCUUUGAUUGCCCCAUGCCAUAUGCCACUUCAAGUUGGGGGGAGUUUUGCCUGAAAUGGGUAUCUGCAAACAAGACUGAGGGAAGAGGAAAAAACUUUCUGGAAAUCAGCUCCUGCCUAAGAGCUUUCAUCAAGCCAAUGAAAUAAGUUAAAAUGCUAAUUCAACACAAAAUAGUUUUGCAAUAGUUUUGCACAUAGAAGAAAAACUCUUGCAAAAGAAUGGAAUCUAUUCUGAAUUGUACUGCUCAGAGAAGGAAGCUAGCCAGUCUUGCUAUGGUCAUCUUCAGUAACUUAAGCAGCUUACUUUGGUACUAUUGACUUGUUUCUUGCAGCCCAAUGAGGUGGUAAGUGCAGAAAGACAGGCUUUUGUGGCUGAGAAAAGGCUAAUUAACAUUAUCCGUAUACUUCUGCAAAAUGAGCAUAGUCUUCAUCCCAUCUGAAGCUGUCGUCCAAGAGAUGCACUAUCAAGAGGAAACUGAGCAUAUACAGUUUUUCUUGCUGAUUUGGGUUUUAAUUUUGUUUUUAUUGCUCCUGAGAAAAUGCAUUUAUUGUAAGCCAAGGUUCCUCUGAUUAUCUUAUUUUAAUAAAAUAAAUUAAAUUUUA